CAGCUGACAGCCUCGCAGAGGCAGCCCUGCCCACCCCCGGGGUGGUGGCGGCAGGCAAGAGAAGGAAAGCAACCAUGCUUCCCGCUUGCCCUGGCCUCUGGCUCCUCGUGGUCCUAGGCACCAGCUGGGCAGGCUGGGGGAAACUAGGGGCUGAAGCAGCGCGGCUAAGGCAGUUCUACGUAGCUGCUCAGAGCAUCAGAUGGAACUACCGCCCUGAGUCCACACACCUCAGUUCAAAAUCUUCUGAAACCUCCUUUAAGAAAAUUGUCUACAAGGAGUAUGAAGCAAAUUUUAAGAAAGAAAAACCACAAUCCAGAACUUCAGGACUUCUUGGGCCUACUUUGUAUGCUGAAGUUGGAGACAGCAUGAAAGUUCACUUUAGGAAUAAAGCACACAAGCCCUUAAGCAUCCAUCCUCAAGGAAUUAAGUACAAUAAAUUCUCAGAAGGUGCGUCUUACUCUGACCACACACUCCCCAUGGAGAAGAUGGAUGAUGCUGUAGCUCCAGGCCAAGAAUAUACCUAUGUGUGGAGUAUCAGUGAGGACAGUGGGCCCACCCACGAUGACCCUCCAUGCCUCACACACAUCUAUUAUUCCUAUGUAAAUCUCGUAGAGGACUUCAACUCUGGACUGAUUGGACCUCUGCUUAUUUGCAAGAAAGGCACCCUAACUAAGAAUGGAAUUCAGAAAAUGUUUGACAAGCAACAUGUACUGAUGUUUGCUGUGUUUGAUGAAAGUAAAAGCUGGAAUCAGACAUCAUCCUUAAUGUACACAGUCAAUGGCUAUGUGAAUGGGACGAUACCAGAUAUAACAGUCUGUGCCCAUGACCACAUCAGCUGGCAUCUGAUUGGAAUGAGCUCUGGGCCAGAACUGUUUUCCAUCCAUUUCAAUGGUCAGGUCCUAGAGCAGAACCAUCGUAAGAUCUCAGCCAUCACUCUCGUCAGUGCCACGUCCACGACUGCAAACAUGACCGUGAGCGCCGAGGGAAGGUGGACCAUAGCUUCUCUCAUCCCCAAACAUUUUCAAGCUGGGAUGCAGGCUUACAUAGACAUUAAAAACUGUGCAAAGAAAACCAGAAAUCCUAGGAAAUUAACUCGAGACCAGAGGCGGUACAUGAAGAGGUGGGAAUACUUCAUCGCCGCAGAGGAAGUCAUUUGGGACUAUGCACCUAUAAUACCAGCAAACAUGGACAAAAAAUACAGAUCUCUGCAUUUGGAUAAUUUCUCAAACCGAAUUGGAAAACAUUAUAAGAAGGUUGUCUACAAACAGUACCAAGAUGACUCCUUCACCAAACGCCUGGAGGAUCCCAGUAGCAAAGGAGAUGGGAUCUUGGGCCCUGUUAUCAGAGCCCAGGUCAGAGACACGCUGAAAAUCGUGUUCAAAAAUAUGGCCAGCCGCAGCUACAGCAUUUACCCUCACGGUGUGACCUUCUCUCCUUACGGCGAUGAAGGAAACUCUACCUCAACCUCAGGCAGUAACACCAUGAUCAGAGCAGUUCAACCAGGGGAAACCUACACUUAUAAGUGGAACAUCCUAGAAUCUGAUGAACCCACAGAAAAUGAUGCUCAGUGCUUAACAAGACCAUACUACAGUAAUGUGGACAUCACAAGGGACAUUGCUUCUGGACUGAUAGGGCUUCUUCUAAUUUGUAAGAGCAGAUCCUUGGAUAAACGAGGCAUACAGAGGGUAGCAGACAUUGAGCAGCAGGCUGUGUUUGCUGUGUUUGAUGAGAACAAGAGCUGGUACAUCGAGGACAACAUCUACAAGUUUUGUGAAAAUCCUGAGAAGGUGAAACGUGAUGACCCCAAGUUUUAUGAGUCAAACAUCAUGAGUACUAUUAAUGGCUAUGUGCCUGAGAGUAUACCCACACUAGGGUUCUGCUUUGAUGACACCGUCCAGUGGCACUUCUGCAGCGUGGGAACCCAAAAUGACAUUUUGACCAUUCACUUCACUGGGCACUCCUUCAUCUAUGGAAAGAGGCAUGAGGACACCUUGACCCUUUUCCCCAUGCAGGGGGAAUCCGUGACCGUCACAAUGGAUAACGUUGGAACUUGGAUGUUAACCACCAUGAAUUCCAAUCCAAGAAGCAAAAAACUACGGCUGAGGUUCAGGGACGCUAAGUGUAUCCGGAAUGAUGAUGAUGACUCCUAUGAGAUUACAUAUGAAACUUCAGGAUCUACAGCCAAGACUACAAGGAAAAUGCGUGAUUCUUCAGAAAUUGAAGAUAAAAAUGAUGCUGACUUUGAUUACCAGGACGAACUGGCUAUAACAUUAGGACUUAGGUCAUUCAGAAAUUCAUCACUGAAUCAGGAGAAAGAUGAGUUCAAUCUUACUGCCCUAGCUCUGGAGAAAGACUCUGAAUUCAUUCCUCCAAGUGCCAACAGAGCUCUUGGUUCAAAUUCUUCUUCCCCAAGUCAUAUUAGCAGGCUUAUUGCCAACAACUUUGCAGAACCUCUGAAAACUCUUCUGCAUCUUGAAGCCCCUGCAGCUGGUUCCCCCCAUGCUGGCUUAGAUAAGAACUCAGCUCUCAACCCUCCCAUGGCAGAGCAUUCCAGCCCUUAUUCUGAAGACCCUAGAGAAGAUCCUCCACUCUCAGAUGUCACAGGGAUAAGCCUACUUCCUUUUGGCAAAGGAUUCAAAAAUAAAAAACCUGCUGAACAUCAAAGAUUCCAGGCAGGAAGAGGCCGAGCAGCAAAGCGUAGGUUCUCCCAGAUGGAAUUCCCAGCACAUAAAACCAGGACACAUUUAAGCCAAGACAACUCUUCUUCUUCUAGAAUGGGGCCCUGGGAGGACAUUCCCAGUGAUCUGUUACUCUUACAACAAAAGGAUCCAUCUAAGAUUCUGAAUGGAGAAUGGCAUUUGGUUUCUGAGAGAGGCAGUUAUGAAAUAAUCCAAGAUGCUAAUGAAAACAAGACUGUUAAUAAGUUGCCCAGCAGCCCCCAGAAUGCCUCAAGGACUUGGGGAGAAAACAUCCCUUUCAAAAACAGUCAUAGAAAGCAGAGUGGCCACCCGACAUUUUUGGUAACUAGACGUAAACCUCUACAAGAAAGACAGGAUAGAGGAAAUAGUAGAUUGAAGGAAGGCCUUUCGUUAAUUAGGACACGAAGAAAGAAAAAGGAGGAAAAACCUGCAUACCACGUUCUUCUAUCUCCAAGGAGUUUUCACCCUCUGAGAGGAGAGGUCAAUGCCUCAUUUUCAGACAGAAGACAUAAUCAUUCAUUGUUACUCCAUGCGUCCAAUGAAACAUCUCUUUCCAUAGACCUCAGUCAGACAUUCCCUUCUAUGAAUGUGAGCCUUGCAGCCUCACUUCCUGACCAUGACCAGACCUCACCAGAUGACACCAGUCAGACAAGCCCCGCUCCAGGUCUUUAUCCGACAGUGAGCCCAGAGGAACACUAUCAAACAUUCCCUAUUCAAGACUCUGAUCCAACACAUUCUACUACAGCCCCCAGUGACAGAUCUCCCACACAGCCCAGUCAGAUACCCGACUAUGACGUAAGAAACAUGGGCAUCCCUACUGAUGUGAGUCACAUUUCCCCUUCCUUGGAACUUGAAGUCUGGCAGACAGCUACCUCUCUAGACCUCAGUCAACCAUCCAUCUCUCCAGACCCUGGCCAGAUGGCCGUCUCUCCAGACUUCAGCCCAGAGUCUCUCUCUCCAGAUCUUGGCCAGAUGGCCCUCUCUCCAGACCUCAGCCAAGAGUCUCCCCCUCCAGACCCUGGCCAGACGGCCCUCUCUCCAGACCUCAGCCCAGAGUCUCCCCCUCCAGACCCUGGCCAGACGGCCCUCUCUCCAGACCUCAGCCAAGAGUCUCCCCCUCCAGACCCUGGCCAGAUGGCCCUCUCUCCAGACCUCAGCCAAGAGUCUCCCCCUCCAGACCCUGGCCAGACGGCCCUCUCUCCAGACCUCAGCCAAGAGUCUCUCUCUCCAGACCUUGGCCAGACGGCCCUCUCUCCAGACCUCAGCCAAGAGUCUCCCCCUCCAGACCUCGACCAGCUUGAUCUCAGGCAGACAUCACCUCCUCUAGAUCUUGAUCAGACAUCCCACACUUCUGAAUCUAGUCAGUCAUUGCCUCUUCCAGAAUUUGGUCAGACUUUCCCUUAUGAAGAUAUUGGUCAGAUGCCAUCUCCUCCACCAGACUCUACACUAAAUAACACUUUUACACCAGAAGAAUUUAAUCCACUGGUUGUAGUAGGCCUCAGUAGAGAUGAUGGAGAUUACACUGAAAUUAUUCCAAGGCAGAAAGAAGAGAGCAGUGAAGAAGACUAUGGUGAAUUUGAGUUUGUAGCCUAUAAUGACCCAUACCAAACUGAUCUUAGGACAGACAUCAACUCCUCCAGAAAUCCUGACAACAUUGCAGCAUGGUACCUCCGCAGCAAGAAUGGAAACAGAAAAACUUAUUACAUUGCAGCUGAAGAAAUAUCCUGGGAUUAUUCAAAAUUUGUGCAAAGUGAAGACAAUGAUGAUAUUCCAGAGGACACCGUAUACAAGAAAGUAGUUUUCCGAAAGUACGUUGAUAGCACUUUUACCAAACUUGAUCCUCAGGGGGAGUAUGAAGAGCAUCUUGGCAUACUUGGUCCAGUCAUUAGAGCUGAAGUGGAUGAUGUUAUCCAAGUUCGUUUUAAAAAUUUAGCAUCCAGACCAUAUUCUCUUCAUGCCCAUGGGCUUUCCUAUGAAAAAUCAUCAGAAGGAAAGACUUAUGAAGAUGACUCUCCUGAAUGGUUUAAGGAAGACAAUGCUAUUCAGCCCAAUAGCACUUAUACAUAUGUAUGGCAUGCCACUAUACAAUCAGGGCCAGAAGACCCUGGAUCUGCCUGUCGGGCCUGGGCCUACUACUCAGCAGUGAACCCAGAAAAAGAUAUCCACUCGGGCUUGAUAGGGCCUCUUCUGAUCUGCCGAAAAGGGACACUUCAUAAGGAGACCAACAUGCCUGUGGACAUGAGAGAAUUUGUCCUACUUUUUAUGGUCUUUGAUGAAAAGAAGAGCUGGUAUUAUGACAAGAAGCCCACAAGGUCUUGGAGACGUGCAUCCUCAGAAGUAAAAAACUCCCAUGAGUUUCAUGCCAUCAAUGGGAUGAUCUACAACUUGCCCGGCCUGAGAAUGUAUGAGCAAGAGUGGGUGAGGUUGCACCUGCUGAACUUAGGCGGCUUCCGAGACAUUCACGUGGUUCACUUUCAUGGCCAGACCUUGCUAGAAAACGGCACUCAACAGCACCAGUUAGGGGUCUGGCCCCUUCUACCUGGUUCAUUUAAAACUCUUGAAAUGAAGGCAUCAAAACCUGGCUGGUGGCUCCUAAACACAGAAGUUGGAGAAAUUCAGACAGCAGGGAUGCAGACACCAUUUCUCAUCGUAGACAGAGAAUGUAAGAUGCCAAUGGGACUAAGCACUGGCCUGAUAGCUGACUCACAGAUCCAGGCUUCCGAGUUUUGGGGUUAUUGGGACCCCACAUUAGCAAGAUUAAACAAUGGUGGAUCAUACAAUGCUUGGAUCCCAGAAAAACUUUCAAAAGAAUUGAACUCUCAACCUUGGAUCCAGGUAGACAUGCAAAAGGAAGUCCUGCUCACAGGGAUCCAGACCCAGGGCGCCAAACACUACCUGAAGUCCUACUACACCACUGAGUUCUGUGUGGCUUACAGCUCAGACAAGAAAAACUGGCGGAUCUUCAAAGGGAACAGCACAAAGAAUGUGAUGUAUUUUGGUGGCAAUUCAGAUGCUUCUACAAUAAAAGAGAAUCAUAUUGAUCCACCUGUUGUGGCUAGAUACAUCAGGAUCUCUCCAACUGGAUCCUAUAACAAACCUGCCCUUCGAUUGGAGCUGCAAGGUUGUGAGGUUAAUGGAUGCUCCACACCGCUCGGUAUGGAAAGUGGAAAGAUAGAAGACAAGCAAAUCACCGCUUCCUCAUUUAAAAAGUCUUGGUGGGGAAGUUACUGGCAACCCUUCCUUGCACGUCUUAAUGCCCAGGGCCGUGUAAAUGCCUGGCAAGCUAAGGCGAACAACAACAAUCAGUGGUUACAAAUCGAUCUGCUCAAGACCAAGAAGAUAACUGCGAUUGUAACACAAGGCUGCAAGUCUCUGUCCUCUGAAAUGUAUGUGAAGAGCUACACCAUCCACUACAGUGACCAGGGCAUGGACUGGAAACCUUACAGGGAGAAAUCCUCAAUCGUGGACAAGAUUUUUGAAGGAAAUAAUAACGUCAAAGGACAUGUGAAGAACUUUCUCAACCCACCAAUCAUCUCCAGGUUUAUACGCAUCAUUCCUAAAACAUGGAAUCAGAGUAUUGCACUUCGCUUGGAACUCUUUGGCUGUGAUAUUUACUAGAAUUGAAUAUUUAAAAAGAUAGGAGGGACUCAAAGAUAUCAAACCACUUAGAGUGGGUAAUGCAUUUUAUAGCUAUUUUAAGUAUUAAAAUUUUUCCAUUAUUUCUUUUUUCUAUUAGAGAAUAACAUUUUAUAUGUGAAACCUUUAUGAUAUAACUCCUGAUAACCACUAAGAUGACUAUUAUUUCUGCAUUAAUUUGAAUAUAGAUAGGAAAACACCAAGAACCAACAAGAAAAGGCUUCUCUUUCACUGAUUAAAAAUUUUAUAUAAAGUAAUAUUUAUAUAAUUAACAUUCAUUAUAGUUUUGUUAAAUGCUAUACACAUUAAUAAAAGAAGUAUUACUUCCUCAAACCACUCAUAAACCCAGACAACUUUCAUUCCUACAUUUUUCCUUAAAAGAGCUAUGAUUAAGAGGAUAGGGAAAAAACAGUAUUUCUAAAUGUUUUGCUUAUCUUGACAAUGGAGAAAAAAGAAAAAACAAUCUUACUGCAUGAAAGGACAGGUAUUUAAAAUGCCCUGUCUUACUGACAUGACAAUGAUUGGUCUGAACCUCCAGGAGUAAAGAUAUAAGUAAGCAUGUUUUCAGUGGUCCCGCCAGACUGUGACUCUGGCCUGGUUUCCCUUGGGACUGAUUGCAUACAUUGAUGUUAAGGGUCAGGGAUCAUUAAUAGGACAGAUCUAAAAUAAAUAUGGGAUGGCUGAACAUGUAACCGUAAUUGCAUUCUAGCUGGUACUAUUAAAUGCUUGGCACACUGUUUCAAACAUAGGCUCCUCUAAAGGACGGCAAAUACUGUCAAACAGACCAUCGGAACUCUUGGCCCAAAUGCAGCUGUUCCUGCUAUACCUGGCUCCAGGCACACAGCUGAAAUUCUCCCUCACUGCCCUUCUCCUUAUGGCCCAGCCUCUACCUCUCCCUUCCUCCUCUCCCUUCCCCUUUCAAGCACUCCCUUCCUUGGGAACUUGGUACCUCACGGUUUUACAGAUACUGUGAGACUGGGUAACCUUCUGGUAGCCUCUAAGUCACAUGAGAGAGAAUCACUGGCGAGGCUAUCUAUUUUAGUGGAACAAACCACCCUAAAACUUAGGGCUUAGAACAACCACAGAUUAUCUCUCCUGGUUCUGUAGGCUGCCUGGGCACAAUUAACUUUAUUUGGGGUCUCUAGUCAUCAGGAGACUCAACUCUGUGUUGGGACAGCUGGUCCUUUGUCCCUCUCCAAGUAGUUUCAGAUUCUCUCCUCAUUACAUGGCUUAUCCACAUGGUCUGUUCACUUGAUGCCUCCAGCACUUGAGCUAGACUUCUUAUACCAUGAUAGAGGCUCCCAAAAGCCAGAGUUCAAGAGGUAGGAAGCAGAAGCAGGUAGUCCUUUUAAAGCCAAGCCCAGCACAGACACAGCCUCACUACUGCUGUAUUCUACUCAUUCACAUAAGUCACAGGCCAGUCUAGAUUCAGUGUAGGAUGUCACGACACAAAGGUAGUUCUAGGAGAUGUAAGUCACUGGGAGCCUCUUCAGAUACUAACUCCCAGAGUUACCUAUUGCCCCUCUGAGUGGGGUGAGCAUUAUGAAUGUAUUCAAAAGUUUCAAACAUCCACAAAACAUUGACUUUCUUUAUGUUUAAAAUUUUUCAUUUUUGAGGCAUAAUUGAAAAAUAAAACAGAAAUAUAUUUAAAGUGUA